GAUGGCCGAGGGAGCAGGAUGGCCAAGGACUUGGAUUCUGAGUUCCGCCUGCCGUGGGGGCACCGUGCGGCCACAGCUGUGGACGCGCUGUGGGACGUCAGGAAACUGCUGCGAAGACUUGAGAAAGGCUACCUUCACGACAUCUGCCUCCACACCACGGGCCACCUGAACCCCAACAACCUCUACAGGCCCCCCGAGAAGAUCGUCCAUCACUGGCGCAAUGCCUACCCGCCCACGGCCAGGGGACGCCCGGCGAAGCCGUCGGAGAAGAAGGUGGCCGCGAUGAAGGACGCGCUGGCCCAUUUCACCAUCAACACGGCGCUGCGCCCCAGCGAGGCCCCGGGCGCGCCGCUGUUCCGCUACCUGCACCCCCCGGCACAGCCGCCCCCCUCCGAGGGGGGUGGGUCCAGCCGGCAGUGCGCGCUCUCGCCCGCGGCCAGGGACGAGUACUGCUACGUGGCCUCCCACCUCGCGGGCCUGACCAAGGCGGACAAGUACGAGAAGUUCCUGCGUUUCCAGAGGAACGUGCUGGCCACGCAGGACCUCCUGGAGAGCGACUUCACGGGGGCCAAGGCGGCGCUGCGCCUCGAGAGGAAGUUGGAGCAGGUAAGAGGGAGCUGUGGGCACAGGCACCGGGCACCCAGGUCUCAUGCUGAGGGGGACACACCCUCCGACACCUCCGUACAUCCCCAGGCAGAACGUGACAGCCGCCCGUUACAGAGGACAUCACUGGGAUGUAGAUGGUGCCAGGCAGGUGCCAGACCUGGUGGAGGCGGGGGGGCAGGAGGGCCUGAGCAGGACAGUCGAGAAGGCGGUGGGAAGACGGUCGGGAGGCGAACAGAGGACCUGAGUGGGACGGCCUUCGAGGACGUGUGCAGCAGCUCCUUGCUGUUCGGCGGCAUCCUGAAGGAAGUGAAGGACGAAUACGAGCUGUACAUGGCGGUCCUGCUGAGCGCGCAGCCCACGGAGCAAUACCAGACUCUGCUGGAGGAGGCCAGAGGGCUGGUGACGAGCUCGGUGAAGACGGAGGAUGUCGCCCGGGCCCGGGAGGAGCUGAGGGCACUCGUGGCGGCCACCAACGCGGCCCUGGAGCACAACGACAGGCUCCGGGGCGAGCUGGCGGAGGAGCGGCGGCGGCUGCGAUGCGCGCAGGAGAAGGCAGAAUCUUCUGAGAAACACGUGAGCAAGGAGGAGGAGCACCUCACGCUGACCGACCAGGUGGAGAGGAAGCGGUGCGAAGUCCUCCAGAAGCUGGACGAGAUCCAAGCUCUGGAGCAAGAAAUGAAAACCACCCUGGUGCACACCGGGGUUUUACAAAUCGCUGAGAGCAGGGUCAAGAGCAUCGAGACUGAAACUAUAAAAUUGGAAAGAGCAAAUAUUAUUUUAAAGAAGAAAAUAGAUACCGCUGAAAACCAGGUGAAGCAGUUCCUGGGGAGGAGUGAGCUGAGUGGGGAGGAGCAGCGGAACCUUUGGGAAUUCAUUAAAGAGUAUGUGAGACCAAAAGAAACAGAUAACGACUGAAGUGGCUGAACUAAAUGCCCUAUGAGCGUCCAGAGCACCGUGCAUUCUGAGGAUGCUUGCAUAUGUAUAAGUUAAUGAAGAUACAUCU